CACGAGAGGGCGCGAUAUGAUCAAUGGGAGAUUUCCAUGUCAACCUGAAAUAUGGCGGUUCCAAAUCACAACCCACCUCGGGGUAUGGAGGGCUACGACCUUGGCGCCCUGAGCGCCGAACAACAAGAAAAACUCAACCAAUUUAAAAUACAAACUAGGUUAGGGAACGAGAAAUUCCUUCGAGAUCAUCCAGAGGUUGACGUUCUACUGGCAGGCUUUCUCGGCGACGUCCUGACACAGAGACCAGAGAACAUUCGUGACUUUGCCGCCGACUAUUUUACUAAGCCCCACCUGAAGGAUAGUGUCCAGAGUCAGUUGAAGCAGAGAGAAAAUGCUCUACGCGAAGCCAAGUUCAACAGGAAGCUUUGAGGCUUGGACAACACUCCAAUAAAGGGGCGUUACUAGAGCCUGUUUUCAUGGUUUUGAAGGAUGCUGGUCAGGUUGGGUGAUUGUAGGGGCAUGUAGGGGCAUCUCAUAGUUGUAGUUUAAAACUUUUUGUGAAAAGUGAAGGUUUUAUUUAUAAAUGUCUCUUAUGGAUGCAUGUACACCCAAAAACAAUCAACUUGGAAUAGGUUAUGUAUUCUAUGAGUACAAAUACACUGAACAAGUACAGCUCAGUUGACAUUGGUGGUGUAGGAGCAUCAAAGAAAAGUCUCAGAUUUCAAUGUUAGGUUGGGUAAAUGGGCUUUGAUGCAUAGAAAUGGCCUGAGGACUCGUCAUCUAGAUCUCAGCUCAAAGAAAGACUUCACUUUUGAAAUUCUCCCACAGGCCCCUAUACUUUGUGUACAUG